CAAUAUGGCUGCCAAAGGAGAACUACACGUGGAUUUGUUGUCAAAAGAUUUACAAAGUAUUUUGCAAAAAUAUCCAACAUUUUCUUUACAAAAAGGACGAGAAAAGAUUCAAUGUGAGCUCAGUGGCCAUGAGAUGCCAUGCAAUUCUGAAACUAUUAAUAGCUACAUCAGUGGUAAAAAGUUCCAGAGGCUGCUUGCUCAGAACACAUUUGACUAUGAAAAGUACAAACAGCACAUCAUCCCCAGUACAAAGAAGGGAAGAGCACAUCAGUUGUUUUGUUUGCUGACUUUGAGACACAUGAACAAUUUACCACACCACAUAAAGCACCAUGUAGAGGGCAGACGGUUCCUCAAGGCUCACAGACGAUGGGAAGAGUGUCAGAAAACAGGGCAGGUGUUCAAGCCCCUGUCAGGCAAGAGGAAGCAGGCAGAACACGACACUUCUCAUCCAUAUGAGGCUGAAUCUGAUGAUCAGGAAAGUGAUGUGGAUAGUCUAAGUGAUCUGUACCCAGCUGCAGAUUUUGAAGAGGAUGAUAGUGAAGAAGACAUGGAUGGGGCAGACAGUGCCGAGGUUGAAGAUACAAAACAUCUUAAAAAGAAUGGCAAGGUCUCUACUGAAGAUGAGUCUGACUCAGACCGUGAAUUUGAAAAUCUACAGAAAUCGGGAGUUACAUCAGCAGCAUUAGACACUGUAGCUAAGACGAGCAAAAGGAAACACAAAAAGGAAAAGACACCUACAAAACAGAUCAAGAAGAAGAAAUGAUGCACAAAACAACUGAGCCAAAACUUUCUACCAUCGUGUCAUUGUGUUUUAUGUCGGCCUCACCACUUUCUACCAUCGUGUCAUUGUGUUUUAUGUCGGCCUCACCACAUUAGUAGAGAGAACAUUAAUUGUUACCAUUUCUGUUGGUUCAUCUGUAAGAGAACGUAGGUGCAAUUCUUGGAUUGUAUAAAUCCCACAAUCGUCAAUGUAGUAUCAGUGUUAUACUGUGAUGAUCUGUGUAGGAUUACUAUGAUAUUGUCAUGUCCUGGAGUGUAGCAUAUGGGAAUUUCAUUAAAAAUUUCAUUCAAGGGGUUUUCCAAUUUGAAAACCCUGAGUACAAAUUUCUCUAUCCUACACCCUUCAACAUGAGAAAUUGUUUUUCUCUCAUUCUAAUCACCAGAACUAGCUCGGAAACAAUAACAAGGUGUCACAAUGUCCACAUCAUGGUAUCGGAAUGAUCCCAGUUUCGUGAUGUCACAUCAUUGUUGUCAUGCAGGUGAAAUGAGAUGUAAGAUAGAAAUUUCUUCCACUCCUUUCCUACCCUGACGGUUCUGUUGUAUACGCACAGCAAUGAGAGAAAAAAGUGCAAAGCUGGCAGUGUUAAAUAGACGGUAUCACAACGGGCCAGGUACAUUAUAUGGGAAGCCAUCAUACACACCUGUGCCGAUGUGAUCGGCGAUCAAUUGAGUUGAUGUUUUAACAGUGAUACAUGUAUUUAAAUUGGCUGUAAAAAGCAAAAUAAAAUAUAUUGUA